AUGGAGGGCUCCAUGGAGCCUCUGCCCUCCUCCAUCUCGCUCCGGCCCGAAGAUGCAGAGUGGGAUGACGGCGGGGGCGAGGCCCUCUCCUCCACAGUCUUCCAGGCAUAUCAGUGCUGCAGUGUGGCUGAGGGCCAGCCCCACCCAGGGGACAUUGCGGAGCCAGCCUCCCUGGCUGCCAUCCCACUCCCCCCCAAUGACUACCCUCUGGAUGCGCUGCCAGCGGAACUCAUCAGUUCUGGAAAACUGAGUAGCCUGCAGCUGGAGGGCAUGCGCUACGCCUGCGCGCGCCACCUCAACUGGCUGUCUUCGGGGGAACGCCAAGGCUUCUUCCUCGGGGAUGGCGCCGGCGUGGGCAAGGGCAGGCAGAUCAGUGCCAUCAUACUGGACAACUAUGCUCGGGGCCGGGGGAAGCAUGUCUGGCUCUCCACAUCGACAGAUCUGUAUCAAGACGCUGUGAGAGACUUGAAGGACCUGGGAUGCCACAUCCCUGUCAUCCAGAAUGUGCAGGCCCUGGACAAAGCCACCAACACUCCCCGCGAGGGAGUCAUGUUCAUCAUCAAGGGUCGGACCCGUCUGCAGCAGGUCGUUCAGUGGCUGGGUGGCCCCUCCUUCAAUGGCGCGCUCGUUUUCGAUGAAUCCAAGAAUUUUGUCCCAGGGAAGGAGGCGCAGAGCACACGGGUGGCACUAAAUGUGCUCGAAAUCCAGGCCCUCCUCCCCGCAGCUCGGGUGGUGUACUGCUCUGCCACAGGAAAUGAGGUGGGCAAUUUGGCAUACAUGUCACGCUUGGGUCUCUGGGGUGUCGGCUCCUCCUUUCCAGACUUCGACUCCUUCCUCUCCAGCAUGCGGCGGAGGGGCGUGACUUUCAUGGAGAUGUUGGCCAUGGAGAUGAAGGGCCAGGGCCUGUAUCUCUCCAGGGGCCUGUCCUUCAGGGAGGCAGAGUUUGCGGAGCUGGCCUGCCCCCUGACCCCAGCCCAGAUUGCGCAGUACGACGCCGCAGUCGCCCUGUGGCAGGAUACCCGCGCCGCCCUGGUGGAAGCCCUGGCGGCGACCGGGAACACGCGGGAUGUCUGGAAACCCUACUACGGCGCCGUGCAGAGGUUCUUCAAGAUCCUCCUGGUGUCCAUGAAGGUCCCCUGUGUCGUUGCGGAGGCCCGAAAAGCAUUAGAUUCUGGCUUUGCAGUCGUAAUUGGGCUACAGUCCACGGGCGAGGCCGCGGCAGAUGCGCUGGGGAUUGAUCCGGGGACACCAUGCGGAUUCAUAAGCACCUGCCGUGAGAUUGGCAUCCAGUUCAUUGCAAACCAUUUCCCCUACCUGGUGGAGGCCCAGACAGGAGAGGAGGUCGCUCGCCACCCGGACAUGCCGACCCCGAGUCUUGUCCCCGGCUCUGCCAAGCUGGGCGCUGGAGAUGAGGAGCCAGAGAGUUCCAAGACCCGGGCCAGGCUGCAACAGGCCUGGGACUCGGCAGACCUCCCGCCCAACUUCUUGGACCAGCUCAUCGAUGAGCUGGGAGGGGCUGCCGGCGUGGCCGAGAUGACAGGACGCAAGGCACGUGUGGUGCGGGACGCGAGGGGCACACUGACCUACUCCCUGCGCGCCAAGCCCGACAGUGCCGAGCUGGACUCCCUGAACAUCCGCGAGAAGGCUGCCUUCAUGGAGGGCUCCAAGCUGGUGGCCAUCGUGUCGGAUGCCGCCUCCACCGGCAUCUCCCUGCACGCCUCGGCGGCCGUGAAGAACCGGCGGCGCCGCGCGCACCUGACCAUCGAGCUGCCCUGGUCCGCCGACAAGGCCAUCCAGCAGCUGGGCAGGAGCCACCGCGCCAACCAGGUGAGCGCGCCCAAAUACAGCCUGGUGCACACCGACGUGGGCGGGGAGGCCCGCUUCGCGGCAGCCGUGGCGCGGCGGCUGCAGUCCCUGGGCGCGCUGACGCGCGGUGACCGCCGCGCCGCCUCUGGCCUGGACCUCUCCUCGCUCAACCUGGACAGCCCAGUGGGGCGACGCGCGCUGCGUCGCAUGUACGACGCCCUGGUCCAGGACUCGCCGCUGCUGCCGCCGGGGGUGCGGCUGGAGGCGCUCGUCGACGCCGUGCUGCGGCUGCACGGCCACCUGCGCGGCGCCGUGGGGCUCAUGGGCAUCGGCCUGUCCGCGCCGCGGGGCGACACCGUGGCCGAGGCCAACGCUGGGAUCGCGGGCGGCAAGGACCAGGGGGACGUCAGGCGCUUCCUGAACAGGAUGCUGUGCCUGCAUGUGGCGGAGCAGAACCUGCUAUUCGACUACUUCCAGGCCACCCUGGCAGCCGAGAUCCGCAGCGCCAAGGCCGAAGGCAAGUACUUUGAGGGCGUGUCGGACCUGCCGGGGCAGGACAUCUCCAGGGAGGGCGAGCCCCAUGUGCUCUGGGUCGACCCGCUGAGCACGCUGAGCACGAUGCAGCACGACCUCAGCGUGGACCGAGGCCUCCCCUUUGCCGAGGCGGCUGCCCAGCUGGCGCGGGCGACCGACGGCGCCUCUGGCUUCAUGGUCUCCAAGCGACCCUCCUUCGGCCGCACCUCCUACAUCCUGGCGCUGCAGAAAGCCCGCACCCCUGGCACCUUUUCCAUAGCCCGGCCAAACACGGGUGCCUCCUUCUUUGACAUGGAUCUGGACGAGCUGCGGGCCAAGUACCUGCCAUGCGCACCCGAGGCGGCAGAGGCGGGGUGGGAGCAGUGGUACCACCAGUCGCUGGAGAUUGGGCGGCGGAGGACUCCGGUGACGGUGCUGACGGGGUCCAUUGUCCGCAUCUGGGACUGCCUGGAAAGGGUGCUGACGCGGCACGAGGCUGAGCUGUCGCGCAGCGACCGGGUGAUGAGGAUCGUCAGGGUGGACCUGGGGGACGGCUCCCUCCCCAUCAUUGGCGUCCGCUACCCCGGCUUCCUCCUGCCAGAGGUGGUCAUGUUGCUGGCGGUGGAGCAGCAGAUAGGAGCAGCGGGGAGGGGCAGGGCGGCCAGUUCUCUCACGACACAGCGCCGAGUGGAGGCCGUGGACCCAGUCGUGCCACGGCUGCUCAGUAAAGCGUACUGUGCGCCGCGGACGGUGCUGGACUUUUUUAAACCUGGGGCGGCCGUGCCCAAGCGGGGCCCCGAGGCUCUCUCAGGCGGAGCCAAGGAUGCGCCGACCUGCACCCAGCGGCAGGAGCUCAUGGACAUGGGCUUUGCGCCAGCCAAGGCAGAUCUAGCACUCAAGGUCUGCGGAGGGGAUGUGGAGCGAGCAGCCAACUGGCUGCUCACAUCGGCCGCCACCCUGUCCUAG